UCUCAGUGUUCUUUUCUUGAUUCUCUCUGCAUCUCUUCGAUUUGGAGCUCGGAAUCGCCAGCUUCUCGUCCUCGCCGGCGAGGAUUGGCGGCCUGUUUCUUGUUUGUAGGCGUGGAUUCCGGCGAUCAUCGGUUGGUGAUUUCGGGGUUUCUCUUCGAUUUGGGUGAUCUCUACUUCUGUUGAGCCUGGAUAGUACCUGGUUAUUCCUGAGAAAUGAAUUCAAGAAAGGGUGAAGGCAAGACUUCUGUUGGGGGCAGUGAAUAUUCAUCACAGAAAGGCAAGAUGCUUGAUGGAUCUGGUCCUGGGAAAGUUGAUCAGCUGAGCCAUGCAGUGGAUGGUAUUAGCAUAGAUGCUUCCCAGGAAGGUGAAUGGGAGGUGAAGGUAAGGAAGUCUAAGAAUCGAGGUUAUGCCACUUCUUCAAAAACCUCAGUUCCUUCAAAUGCUGCUCCUAGAGCUUGGGGCCAUCCAGAAGGUGUGUCAAGACAAGGAUGGCAAUCUAUUGGCAGUGGUGGCAGAGCUGGAAAUAACUGUUCUCAAGGUUUUGACUCGCGAAAGCCAGGUGGCAGAGGUAAUCCUAAACCACAGCCACAACAGAGGAGCUGGGAAUCAGCCUACAUGGCACCACCACCUCCUGCUCCUCAGAUUCGCCCACCUUUACAGAAUGGUUGGCAAUGGGCAGCAAGAGGUGGUUCUAAUUCUCAUCCGAGGCCAGGACUGGAAACUAUACCCAACCUUCGUCCCUUGGAAGCAUCACCUGAACAGUAUGACUCUGAUCCCGAGGAUACUGCCCACAAAGCUGAUAAUGGUUCAGAUGAAGAUGAAUUGGUAGAAGACAGCGAUGAUGAUUGUAGUGACGGGUAUGAUUCUGAUGCAAGUCAAAAAAGUCAUGAAACUCGCAAGAAGAACCCAUGGUUCAAGGGAUUCUUUGAAGAAUUGGAUAACCUGAGAGCUGAAGAAAUUAGUGAGCAAACAAGGCAAUGGCACUGCCCUGCAUGCCAUAAUGGUCCAGGUGCCAUUGAUUGGUACAAAGGUCUGCAACCUCUGAUGACACAUGCAAAGACCAAGGGAUCCAAAAGAGUGAAGCUUCAUCGAGAACUUGCCACUCUCCUAGAAGAGGAACUCCGGAGAAAGGGUACCUCAGUAAUACCAGCAAGUGAAGCAUAUGGUCAAUGGAAGGGUCUGAGGGAAACAACUGAUCACGAAAUAGUUUGGCCUCCAAUGGUGGUGGUCAUGAAUACCUUACUUGAACAAGAUGAGAAUAACAAGUGGAUUGGAAUGGGUAAUCAGGAGCUCGUGGACUAUUUUCCCUCAUAUGCUGCAGUUAGAGCCCGUCACUCUUAUGGUCCAUAUGGGCAUCGUGGGAUGAGCGUCUUGAUAUUUGAAUCUUCUGCGGUUGGCUAUAUGGAGGCUGAACGGCUGCACAAGCAUUUUGCUGAGCAAGGAACUGAUAGGGAUGCUUGGGAGCGACGUCGGGUACUCUUCUAUCCUGGUGGCAAGCGCCAGUUAUAUGGAUACUUGGCUCUCAAAGAAGAUAUGGAGGUCUUCAACCAGCAUUGCCAUGGGAAAACUCGCCUGAAAUAUGACAUGAGAUCUUAUCAGGAGGUGGUUGUUAGCCAGAUGAAGCAAAUGAGUGAAGAGAAUCAGCAAUUGGUAUAUUUUAGGAACAAGAAUGUUGAACACAAACAAUAUUCAAAGGCUCUCGAAGAAUUAAAUGGGAUGUUGAGCCAGAAGCUGCGUGAUGCUAUGAAUGAGAAUGGGAUUGUGAGGCUUAGAACCAAGAUACAAUUUGAAGAAAACAAAGAAGAGAUGGAUUAUCAAGAAAGUUUCUUCAAAGAUCAAAUUGCGAAAAUUCGCAACGUAAUAGAAGAGAAAGAAAAGAUGUUUGAGCAACGCUUGCAAGCAGAACAGGCAAAGGCUAAGCAGUCUGAUACAGAUUCUGGAACCAAUGAAGAGCGCAUACACAGGAAAGAAGAGAUUGCGAGGUUCAUAAACAAGCAGGUGAGAGGGAUUGAAGAGUUUGAGGAGGAGAGAGAGAAGCUUAUUCGCGCACACAAAGACAAGAAGGUUGAACUUAAAAAAAAGCAAAUGAUGCAGGAAGUCGAACUGGAGAAAGAUUUUGAUGCUGCUCUUACCAAGCUCAUGCAGAAGUUUACUCCAAUUGAGUUUCAGGUUUCUGGCAUCUCUUGAAACUGGUUAUAAUGUUGGUAGGGAAAAGAAGAAGGUAGGGUUUUGUCUUAACCUAUUGGAGUUUUCCUAAUUUGCCUUCUGUUUAGAAAGACUAUAUAUGUUACUUACAAAUAUGAGGAACUGUAGAUAUGAAACUUAAUAUAUGGAUGUUGGUAAAGAGAAUUGGUGGUAAAGGAAAUGGAUUUGCUGGUUAAUUAUGAUGUUCCAAUUCUUGUCA